AUGGCUACCACCACCACUGCAGCAGCAGCAGCCUCAGGUAUCUUUGGGAUCCGGAUUCAAGAUCCGAGACCCGGUACCGGUAGAGUCCAAGCCCGGUUCGGAUUCAGUUUCGGCAAAAAGAAAUCCCCUCCACCGCCGAAGAAAUCGAAGCAGGUUCAAAACGACGGAGACCGGCUAGUUUGGUUCCCUGGCGCGAGUCCUCCUGAAUGGCUAGACGGAUCCAUGAUCGGAGACCGUGGAUUCGAUCCGUUCGGUUUAGGUAAACCGGCUGAGUAUCUUCAGUACGAUUUCGACGGGCUUGACCAGAACCUUGCGAAGAACGUAGCGGGUGACGUUAUUGGGAUCAUCCAAGAAUCGUCGGAGAUCAAACCGACGCCGUUUCAGCCGUACACCGAAGUCUUCGGGAUCCAACGGUUCAGAGAAUGCGAGCUGAUCCAUGGAAGGUGGGCCAUGCUUGGCACUCUUGGUGCCAUCGCCGUCGAAGCUCUCACUGGAAUCGCCUGGCAAGACGCCGGAAAGGUGGAAUUGGUGGAAGGUUCGUCGUACUUGGGACAGCCAUUGCCUUUUUCGAUAACGACCUUGAUAUGGAUAGAGGUGCUAGUGGUCGGGUACAUCGAGUUCCAGCGUAACUCUGAGCUGGAUCCGGAGAAACGUAUUUACCCGGGUGGGUAUUUUGACCCGUUGGGACUCGGGUCUGACCCAGAGAAGUUGGAUACCUUGAAGCUCGCGGAGAUAAAACACUCUCGUCUCGCUAUGGUCGCAUUUCUCAUCUUUGGUCUUCAGGCAGCCACUACCGGCAAAGGCCCCAUCAGCUUCAUCGCCACUUUUAACAAUUAA